AUGUUCAGUGCAAAAGUUGUUAUCUUACUCGCUGCUGCAGCAGUAUGCUAUGGAGCACCAAAUGCCAAAUCCUACAACAAUCGCCUAAAGAUUGCCGGUGGCAGUGCCGCCAAUAUAGAAGAUUAUCCAUUCUCAGUUUCAGUCCAACAGUGUGAUCCCACCUGUCAUCAGAUUUGCGGUGGUGCUAUCAUUAAUAACGAAUGGAUAUUGACCGGCGCCCGUUGUACUGACGGCCCUCUAAAGGUUGCUGUGGGAGCUAAUACCGAAAAUUUGAUUGAGGUUGAAUCAGAAUACACUCAUGCUAACCACCCUCGUCCUGAUGGAUUUGGUGAAAAUGAUCUUACUUUACUUAAAUUGUCAAGGAAACUGACCUUUAACGAUAAAGUUCAACCUGCAAAAUUGCCAAGGAGCCGUCAACAAUUUACCGGUACAGCUGUUUUGACCGGGUUUGCCAACAACAUAUUCCAAGCCGCGGUUGAUUUAAACCUUGUUUCCAACAGUGAAUGCCAAGCAGCGUUAGAAGAAGCAAACCCCCACCUAUAUGAUUUGAUAAAAGUGUCCCACCUAUGUACCUUAAACCAAACACCAAAUAUCCGGGAAAAUGACCUUGGUAGUCCUCUAUCUAAAGAUGGCAUUGUCAUCGGUACCGUAACAUGGGAAGUUCAGCCAUACGGUAUCAACGGAGCUCCAAAUGUUUUCACCCGGCUUGCUAGCCACACCGAUUGGAUCAAUGACACCAUUACUAGAAAUAGUUAA